AUGAUUGCUAUAUCUGAAAAUGUAGAAAAAUGGUGUGUUGAAAAUGAAAAAAAUUUUAAACCACCUGUUUGUAACAAAUGUAUGUUUGAUAAGUAUUUAAAAGUUUUUUUUGUUGGUGGACCAAAUCAAAGAAAAGAUUAUCAUAUUGAGGAAGGUGAAGAGUUUUUUUAUCAAAUGAAAGGUGAUAUGGUUUUAAAACUUAUUUUAAAUGGAAAACCAUAUGAUUUAGUUAUACCAGAAGGUCAUAUUUUUAUGUUACCUGCUAAAAUGGAACAUUCACCACAACGAUUUGAAAAUACUUUAGGUAUGGUUAUUGAAAGAGAACGUUUAGAAACAGAAUUUGAUUGUGUUCGUUAUUUCACGUCAGAUGAGUGUGAUAGUAUUCUUUUUGAAAGAUGGUUUCAUCUAAAAGAUGUAGUAAAAGACUUACCUCCUAUCAUUAAAGAAUUCAUGGAAUCAGAGGAGAAAAAAAAUAUGAAAGUUGGAGAAAAAUCUUUUUUAUGUCAACCCAAAUAUAAUGUUGUUUGUCAAGAUAUUGAGAAACCACAAAAUAUUUUUCAACUAAUAAAAAAAUAUGAAAAUGAUUUAGAAAAUGGAAAAGAAAUUGUUCUUUUUGGUAAACCAAAAUAUAGAAGCAUUGUCAAAUUGUAUGGCAAAGGCAGACAUAACACAAAACAUAACCACGCAAAAGAAUUAUUUAUUUACGUUUUAUGUGGAAAAGCUAUUAUUGACAGUAAAGAAUACCACAAAAAUGAUGCUAUAAGAAUAAUAAACGAGACAACUACGACAUUUGAUCUAACUACAUCAUCAGUUGUACUAACUCUUAUGAUGUAA